AGGUAAGAUGAGCACUUAUCCUGAACUGGAUGAGGAGAUCGACAUCCUCUCUGCCAUCAUCAGUGAACAGAGAACAGAGUCCAGGCCGCCAGCUCCACCAUCCCAGGACAUCUCUACACCCAAAUCUAAGCAGCUCAGUGAGCCCAGCACCGCCCACAGAGCAUCUACAGCAGAGCAGCCCACGAGCCAGGACGUCCCGUUCACCAGUAUGGCUCCAACCACCAUCACCCCACACCACACCCCCACUUUGCUCAGUGAUCCCAUCGUCCUCCCCUACCUCUCUAAUGACCAUGCCUUCAUCAGCUCCGGUCCUCACGGCGGCUGCACCUUCCAGGAGAACUGCACCAAAGUUCACUUGUGUCAGCACUUUGUUCAGGGCGACUGCAUGUUCGGACUAAAGUGUAUCCGGCAGCACGCCAUCGAGCAGCAUAGCCGCCGCAUGCUUCUGAAGAAAGGACUGAGCGAGGACAUCAUCCAGGAGCUGCCCUUCAUCUACAGGAACAUCCACCAGCUGACGGCUGCUGCCGCCUCCACAGAGAAAGAUUCUUUUUGUAAACCUGCCGAUCAGAGCGACAACAGCAACGAUAUCUGUCUGCACUUCAUCAGAAACAGCUGCAAGUUCCACAUGAGUAAAGCAGCAGCAGACUCAGCGAGCUGUCAGAUAAAGAGCUGCACGCCUCCACCUGCUCAGCCAGGUGACCAGCUCCUUCACAGACUCACACCCACGAGAUUGCAGAAAGGUAUACGUCUAACUCAAAAGCUGGACUACCCUGUAUAUGGACUGAUGAGAGUCCAAACCUUUGACAAUUUGUCUGGGGACAAGAAGCUGGCCCAAAAUGCCCAGAUGUACCACUACCAGCACCAGAAGCAGCAGAUGCUCUCCCUGGAGAAACACAGGGAUGAGCCAAAAGUUCCUGACUCAGGAGCAUCGACAGAUGAGGAGAACGAGGAUGGAGAUUUCACAGUAUAUGAGUGUCCUGGAUUGGCACCUACUGGGGAAAUGGAGGUGAAAAACCCUCUGUUCGACGACUCCACCCUUUACUUUCAGAAGUUCUACAAAUAAACCUGGACAUUGAGAGGUUUCACACUCCGAACGCAGCACUUGUGUGUGCAUAUAGUUGAAUUUACACAUAUACACACACUGUGCUGAGUCCAAUCAUUUUAAUGGACAGGGUGGAGAGUGUAAGGUACAUGGAGGAGGACUGGGAUGAGGAGUGAAGCAUUCAUGGACAUUUAAAGGAGGUCACAGGACUGGUUUCAUGACUGAAUAUGGGACCAGUGCCUCCCAUUCUACUGCAACAGUCUGUCCUUUUUUACGCUAUCACUAUUUUUGUUAUUAUUUUUGUUCACAAAUCCACAAUCAGCCAACAUCUAAGAACUCAGAAUGAUUUCUGUCAAGUAGCAAACACUCAUAUUGAAUAAAAUAUCCUGUUAAUAGAACUGGUUCCAGUACAGGGACAGUUCCUGAUUCCACUGAGCUGAAGCUGAAAGUAUUUCAGUUCAUUGAUAGAGCUUCAUGAAUAUCCAUGUUUAUUAAUUAGUAAAUAAACACUGCUUUCUUUGGUUUAAUUUAAGUAUUUUUUAAAGAUGUGAUAUGUGUUUAAUAUUUCAUGAUAACACCUCCGUGCAGCACCGUGAUCUUUAUCAGUAUGUUAUGCAGCCAUUGUGUUCUCAGUCUACUUCAUCUAUGCAUGUUUUGAUGAUGCUGUGUUAUGAAAUCUGAUAGUCAAUAUGCAUUUACAGCAAAGUGCUAAUGGUUAUUAUAUGCCUAUAUCACUGGUGUCACAAUUCUCCAAAUUCAUGAUUCAAUUAGACUUUUGAUUUAAAGGUCACAAUUAGAAUCAAUUUUCAAUUUGGAAAAAAGUUCAGCACUGACUGCUAUGCCAUUGAUAGACUUUUGAGUCUUGAUUUGUAAAGCUCAACAUAUCAUUGGUUUUAUGCCCUGACAACUAGGCCUGGGUAUCGGUACUCUUUAUUUCUUAACUUUAACGUAUCGUCCAAAAUAGCCCAGUACUGAGUAGUAUGAAAACGUCUCCAAUCAAACAAGUACUACAUUCAAUCCUUCUUGUAACCAGAUCAGGAAAAAUUGUAUGGUUUUGCAGCCAAACACACAAGCAACACACCGAGAGAAAGAGAAGGGAAUGCCUCUUCUUUUCUUGUAUUUCUUAUGUGCCUGCAUGCGCUUGUAAGCCUAGAUCAUGAUUGAUUUUAACAGCCCCUCACCAUUGGCUGCGGUUUCAGGCAUGUUCAACAUUGUUGAAAGUUUAUUACCACAAGCUUGGCUUUGUGUUUGUUUCAUCUUCUCAUAUCCUUUAACACUACUCUGUACAGUUUUAUUUGCAAUUCACAUCACUUGUCACUGAUCGAUCAUUGCCUUCCAUCAUAUCAAGUCAACGCUCAGAUGUAGUGAGAGUGAUCGGCUGGAUGUGCAGGCUUUCUUUUCCUUUACUUGCUUCUUAAGAGUCUUUAGUGCAGUAUAGUGACAUGUAUGAGCUCACUCCUUACUCGUUUUCUACUUCUUACUGUCGUCUAUUGAAGGAGGUCUGCGACUCACUACUAAAGGACAAAGGCGAGUGAGUGUCAUGAAAGGUGGCAUCAUAUAAAGUUUUUUAUUUGUUUUAUUAUUUAUUACUACUACUAUGGCAUUUUACUCAAGGAAUCAAAUGUUUUGUACCCUAUUGGUAUCGGUAUCACUUUAAGGCUACUAAUUUUGGUACUGGUAUUGUAAUAUUUUAAACAAUACCCAGCCCUACAGACAAAUUUCAUGUUGAUUUGUGUGGUACAGCCUACAAACUGUAGUUGCCACACCUGUGACCUCAGGGAAGCAGGAAGAUUCUGUUCCAGUUUUUUCUCUGUCAUCUCCGACUCCAGCAGUAGCCAUGGUGUUUUUUUUUCUUCAGACGUGCACCUGACACACAAAAUUAGGCAGGGGUGGAGAGAAAAAUGUCGAAAUCGAAAGCUCUUAUCUUUUUAGAGAUAGCUCUAAAUGAAAGAAAUUGUGACACCCCUAAUAUAUAUCCGGUAUAUAUACUUUAUACUUAUAUAUGACUUGAAUGAUUACGAAAGAAUUUGAUACUUCAUUACCUAGAACUCUGAAACAGAGCGAGUCCAUCCUGUGUAUAUGGUAUCUGACUAACAUGGCUUGUCCACAUGGUUUUGUGAUCUGUAAAUAGCUGCUAAUGUGUACAGGGAAGAUAUCUUACCUCUCACUCAGUGUGUGUGCAAACAUCUUCCCCUAAAGAGUGCUUUGUCAAAUACUGAACUGUUAUUGCUUCCGUAUUGUUCACUAUAUUUGCAAGGUUCCUAUAUACAUGUGGAAAGGACAGGAAAUGUCUCAGAGAAGUAAUGAUGUCCUGGUUUUGAAAACAUAUUUGACCCAUUUGUUAUUGUGCAUAUAGUUUUUAAUUGAAAUGUAAUAGUUUUGUAGAUAAGGGGUAAGCAGAGAGUAUCCGCACACUAUGACAUACAUAACCGGAACAUUUAUUAGAAGUCAGGCAACAUUUCAAUCCUAAUACCAAGUCUUCACCAGGAAAAACAUGAGAAAAUGGCAGUAUAAAACUGAUUAGAUCAUGCUGAAGUCAAGGACAACCAAUCAAGCAAAAUGACUUCAAUAAAUACUGACAAGACAUUGUCAUAAAGCAAAUCAUUAUCAUAGAAAUCACAAACAUCAAUACAUAGACAAUAUUUUAAAGUAAAAAAAAAAAGAGGAAACAGAGAAUAAUAUCACAACAUUGUCUGAGAUAAAAUACACCCCACUGGCUGGAGGAAUAAUGGGAACAGGAGAAAGGAAAAAUUGCCCAGAAAUAUGAGACAUACAUAUAAUCUUUACAGUUACAGAAGGAGCUGCCAUCAUUUUUUUUCUUUGAAUACGUCAAAGCUGCCAAUUUUAAAAUUGAACUUAGCCAAAUUUGCAGAUUUUACAGUACAGUCAGUCAUCUUCUGUACCCACUUAUCCAUGCAGGUUCGCAGGGGGCUGGGGCCAAUCCCAGCUGGCAUAGGGCAAGAUACAGCCUGAACAGGCCGCUAGUCCGUCACUUGACACAGUAUACAUUUUGCAGUACAUGCUUGGGAAAAUGUAAAGCUAUGGUAGGUAACAUUGGAGAAACUGGGACGAGACAACUAAAUUCCCUUCAGGCUUUCCUCCAUAGCCACAGGUUAGCCAGUCAUUUCAUUUGGACUGAAUACACAAUCUAACUUUGUCUUUCCCAAUAACAAUGUUAUUGCCAAAGCCUGAUCACGACUGGAUGAACAUAACUAAUAGUAGAGACACUGACAUUUUAUAAUGAUGCUACCAGCACUGUUACCCAUAUGAAGGAUUGGAUUGGUGCACAUUUCAAGUUUGUUUAACUUGGAAAUACAAGAAAUGCUGCCUUAUAAAUGCAAGUUAACUCAGCUUUAAGAUUGCAUUUGUUUUAAUUCACAGGUUCAUAAAGUUGAUGUAACUUCUAGUUGUCUCAAUAUUGUUUUUUUAGUUGAUAAACAUUUUUAUUACUUGUUUCUUCAUACUUUGAGUUACAACAAAUAAUUAUAUUACUUUAUAAAUGCAAGAAAACUUCUCUUAACUAGUCUUAACUAUUCUAAUAAGUUAAAAGAACUUAACCACAUUUAUAUUACGUUCCAUUCUAAGUUGAGAGGAUUUAAAUGUGUUUCAAUUUACAUGUAUAAGUUGUCAGGUACACCCUCCACCGGCAAUAUACACAAAAUACCACAAAAUUUUCUAUAUUUGGUUGGAAUUUAAAUACGUGACUUAUCUGCAGUGUAUAAUUAGUUAAGUGCAUGCAUCACAUUUGUUAUUUAUUUUCAACUAACAACUUACAUUACAGGGUGAGAGUGUGAGUAUGAGUGGUUGUUUGUCAAUGUAUGGCCCUGUGAUGGACUGGCGACCUGUCCAGGGUGUACCCCGCCUUUUGCCCGAUGUCAGCUGGGAUUGGCUCCAGCCCCCCGCGACCCUGUACACAGGAUAAGCGGUUGAUGAUGGAUGGAUGGAUGAACUUACAUUACAGUUCAAUCAACACACACGUAUCUCACAAAAGUGUCAAAUAGUCAACCAAAGGAUUUAAUCCAAAUUUAACUUUCGGAAACAGUUCAGAGCUCGAAAACCUGCCAGAGCUCUUUGGGUUAAAAAGAAGUAAGUGAACAUAACUAAAUGGGGCUUUAAUGAUUUACAGUGUGCAUCCCUAAUGGAUAUUCUCUGCUUUUCCUUUUAGUGAAGCUGCUAUCCUCACCUGGCGUAAAUACUGUAUGACUGGAUGUGACUACCUGUCUGUAUUUUGUAGACAGUCAUAUUGCCCCACUGUAUCACAGAUCACAGAUUGUAUUACACACCCAGGAUGAUCUUUAGUGACAGCGGUUUGGCAGGGUAGCAGUGCAGGAACCCAGGAUGUAACUGUGACCUCCCGCUGUCGUCUCUCAGGAAAGCCGCCCUCCAUGGCUCCUCUUCAGCCUGCUCCCACUGUCUCAGCUUCUCAGCUCCCCGCAGUGAAGGAAUAUGUUAAACUGUACUUGACCUGCCCGAAUACACAUACAUGAGUAUCAAUGUAAUCAUGUAAAAAGAAAUAUCUACAACAGAUAACAGGGAAUAUUAACAAUGGAAAUGUUUAACUGUGUUGUAAAGACUGUUUUACUCAAAUCUACUGAGGUGUGGAUCAAAAUGAAGGACAGUUUAUUGGUUGGAGGGACGAGGGAUUACCAGAAAUUCUCAUGUUGUUUACCUUUUUUAAAUGUUCUAUAGCUCUGCUUUCCCUUAACCAGGGCUGAGAGCUAAACAAAUGCCAAGCUGGUUGUCUUGUUUUGGUCAUUCUCUCUCUGAUGAUGGGAGGGUCUCGUAAAGGAACUCUAAAACAAGUAACUACCUAAGCUAGCUAUCUUUGAUACAGACUGUUUUCAGACUAAACAUAAUGAGUUCUAUACACUUUACCACAAUGUAUAGCAUGCCUGUGGAUAUACCAGAGCUGAAAUGAAAGAAAUAAAUAUUUAUAUAAUCUAAGGUGAAA